AUGCCUUUAUUUCAAUAUGUUUCAAACGUCUUUUCUGAUCACAGAACCCUUUCUGAAUGUCGCAGAGACUGUUUUAUUUGUGUUGAGAGAAUGUUUAACUACUUGGUAGAAAACGAGCCUCGUUAUUAUAUUCUGAUACUGCCCACCUUUCCAAGAAAGGUGGAAGAAUUGGUUAAUAUUCGUUACUAUUUGGAACAAAUUUUUAAUUGUCUUUUUGAAUAUUCUUUGUUUGCUGAAGUUGUAAUUAAUCCAGAAAUGAUUAAUUUAUUAUUUUCAACUGACGGAAUUUAUUAUUUUCAACUUCCUCGAUUACACGUUCAAAAACCAGAAAUAUUUCCUAAUAGCGAAAAUCUUACACUUGAAAAUAGUUGGAAUUUCGUUUCAAAUCAUUUAAAAAUUCCUGAAUGCCUUACCAUUAAUACAAAAAACAUAUAUGGCGGAUACAUGGGGCGAUGUUUAUUCAAUAUUUUAGCAAAGGAGGGCUAUAAAUUACCGAAAAUUUUUGUGAAAAAUUUAAAGGAGAAUUGGCUUUAUGAUGAUAUUGUUGAGGUAUGUUAUCUAAUGAGAAAAUAUUCUUUCCGUAAGUGUGUAGACUAG